AUGAUGGAGCUUAGUGCCCAACCAAUAUGCGAGAUGAUGUCUAGCGCCAGCGAAUUCCACCAUCGCGCUCGGGACCCAUUUGCCGAUGCAUGGACAGGGAUCCGCAUCAAGAACCAGGCUGGCGGUGCCUGGCUCGGACCUGGCUCGGUGUUGAUCCUUAAGCAAAUCUGCCCGACGCUUCUGCUCAUCUCGCCCGGUGGAUGUGCCAAACCCGAGGGACACGACAGCCGUUGGCCUACGUGA